AUGGCUCAGCUUGCCGCGGGCAGUACUGCCAAGGAUCUAAAUGGCCCAGCGGCUCAGAUGAACCCGUGGGAAGUCUUCACAAUUCAUUGUACUGUCAUUGGCAGGGCGAGCCAAUUGUUAACCAACCAGAACAUACACGCAUUCCCCGUCAGUAUCGUCAUUGGUCACAACUGGGAGUCCAUUCUGUAUUUACUAUGGUUCGUGCUCAGAAACAUUAGGCACUUCCGGGUGACAAUCUCCCCAAGGGGGUCGCUUCAACUUGCCUACGAGCUGACACAUGUGGCAAUCUACGCGGCAGGCAUCCAGUAG